GCAGCUUUCCAUUAACUGCUGCUCCUAUCAACAUGUUUUCUGCAGAAAUUAAAGAAGAAGACCCUGAGCAACAGAAUCCUGGUGGAGACCUGCAAAAACCGGAGCUCCUCCACAUAAAGGAGGAAAGGGAAAUAAUCUGGACUAACCAGGAAGGAGAGCAAUUGAAUUUGGAGGAAACUGAAGAUACCAGGUUUCCAUUAACUGUCGUUCAUAUAAAAAGUGAAGAGGAUGAAGAGAAACCUCUAUUUUCUCACUUUCAUCAACAGCGAACAGAAGUCAGAGAUUUUCCAACCAACGCUUCAGCUGACCAUUUCAAAGUAAAAAUUGAAGAGGAAUACCCUAGAACAGCAGAAACCAACAGCAACCCAUAUUUAAAUAUUUAUGCAGGCAAUUCCAGCUAUUCAGAGACUGCAGAUGGUGAACGUGAUGGAGAGGAUGAUGAUGAGAACCACCAUAAAUCUCAUCUUAAACAGUUAUCAGACUCUGAAACUGAAGACAGUGAAGAGGAUGGUAAGGAGAGCUGGGUUCCUGGCCACACUGUCAAAUCCUUUAGCUACUAUAAGUGUGGGGAAGAAAUUGCCAAGAGAUUCUCUCUACAGAGUCACGUAUCAAGUCAUCCAAGAUUAAAGACUUCAGUUUGUUCAGUUAAUGAGAAAUGUUUCAGAGAAGAGGGAAAUGUGGAUUCACUGACAAACAUCAUUGCAGAUAGUAAAAAGUUUGAUCACAACUUCGAUUGUGUUGCCUGUGGAAAAAGGUUUGCUGUGAAGUCACAUUUAAAGAAACACAUGAGAAUCCACACAAAAGAGAAACCCUUUGGUUGUGAUGUUUGUGGGAAAAGAUUUACUUCAAGCUCAAACUUAAGUGCGCAUAUGAGGAUACACACAGGAGAUAAGCCCUUUGGCUGUGAUGUUUGUGGUAAAAGAUGUACUUCAAAGUCAAAUUUAAAUGCGCAUAAGAGGAUCCACACAGGAGAGAAGCCCUUUUGUUGUUUUGUGUGUGGUAAAAGAUGUUCCUUAAAGUCACAUUUAAUCUUACAUAUGAGAAUCCACACAGGUGAGAAACCCUUUUGUUGUGAUACUUGUGGUAAAAAAUGUUCCUCAAAGUCACAUUUAAUGUCUCACAUGAGAAGCCACACGGGAGAAAAACCUUUUACCUGUGACCCUUGUGGUAAAAGAUUUGCCAUCAAGUCACGUUUAAAUAAACAUAUGAAAAUACACACUGGAGAAAAACCUUUUAGUUGUGAUACAUGUGGUAAAGGAUUUUCCAGCAAGUCAUAUUUAAACAUACACAUAGAAACCCACUCAGGGGAGAAACCCUUUAGUUGUGAUGGCUGUGGUAAACGAUUUUCCAGCAGGACAUAUUUAAACUUGCAUAUGAAAAUCCAUACAGGAGAGAAACCCUUUGGCUGUGACACAUGUGGAAAGAAAUUUUCCUCAAACUCAAAUUUAAGCAGACACAUGAGAAUCCACACAGGAGAGAAACCCUUUGCUUGUGAUGCUUGUGGUAAAAGGUGUUCCUCAAAGUCAGAUUUAAAAAAACACAUGAGAAUCCAUACAGGAGAGAAACCCUUUGCUUGUGGUGCAUGUGGUAAAAGAUUUUCCUCAAAGUCAGAGUUAAACAGACACAUGAGAAUCCACACAGGAGAAAAACCCUUUGCCUGUGAUACAUGUUUUAAAAGAUGUGCCUCAAAGUCAGAGUUAAACAGACACACAAGAAUCCACACAGGAGAGAAACCUUUUGGUUGUGAUGUGUGUGGUAAAAGAUUUUACUCAAAGUCAAACCUUAAUGCCCAUAUAAGAAUCCACUCAGGAGAUAAACCUUUUGGUUGUGAUGUAUGUGGUAAAAGAUUUUCUGCAAAAUCACAAUUAAAAACACACACAAGAAUCCACAAGAGAGAGAAAUCCUUUGAUGAGACUUAGAAUAACUUAAUAGUUAUUUAACUGAUAAUUCACAAUGUACAACUGAGAAAAAAUGUGUUUCAAUGUUCCAAGUAAAAACAAAGACACAACAAAAA